CCUUGAUUAAAGUCGUGUUAGCGACUUAAAAGUUGUACGAUUCAUUGACUAGUGGUCUGUGCACAUUGUACCUUUGGCCAACAUGGCGGCUUCGUUGGGUCGGUUUUGUAAAUCUAGUCUUUUAAAGACAAAUUAUGGAACGUUAUUUAAUCAGCAGGUACACAAUUUUUCCACAGCAAAUCAAUGGUCUAGGGGUAGGAAAAUGUUGUUGACUUGCUGUGGAAUAACAGCAGGAGGUAUUAGCGCACUGAUCUAUGCUUUGGAUAGUUCUGUAAAAGCUACUGAUGGUGCUCAUGCACCAAUUUAUAAUUGGUCCUUCUAUGGUUUAUUGAACUCAUUGGAUCAUGCAAGUAUGCGACGUGGUUGGGAAGUAUAUAAAAAUGUAUGCUCAGCUUGUCACAGUUUGCAAUACGUAGCUUACCGCAAUUUGAUUGGUGUUACGCACACAGAAAACGAAGCCAAAGCACUUGCUGAAGAAAUUCAGGUAAAAGAUGGACCUGAUGAUAAAGGGGAGUACUUUAUGCGUCCUGGUAAAAUAUCCGACACUGUUCCAUCUCCAUAUCCAAAUGAAGAAGCUGCUAGGGCAGCUAAUAAUGGUGCCUAUCCACCAGAUCUAUCCUUCAUUGUAAAUGGAAGGCAUAAUGGAGAGAAUUAUGUAUUCUCGUUAUUAACUGGCUAUUGUGAUCCACCUGCUGGUAUUCCAAUAAGAGAAGGCCAGUAUUUCAACCCGUACUUCCCGGGAGGUGCUCUUGGUAUGGCACAGGUUAUCUUCGAUGAAGUCUUAGAAUUUGAGGAUGGUACACCUGCAACUGCUUCUCAAGUAGCAAAAGAUAUUACCACAUUCCUAAUGUGGACAUCAAAUUGUGAACACGACGAAAGAAAGAGAUUAUUCUUAAAGGGUUCUCUUGUAUUCCUUGCAUUAUCGGCUUUAGCAUUCUACUUGAAGAGACACAAGUGGACAACAGCAAAGAAUACUAAAUUAUUAUUUACACCUAAACACAAAAAGUAAGGACUUUUGAACACAGUGGUUAGCUAAAAAGAACUGAUUCGACAAUGCUUAGCAUCAUUUAUUGGAGUGUAGUUUUAUAUCUUGUUUGGAAGUUGCGGCAUUAAAACGUAAUUGCCUGCAGACUGACAUACAUUCACAUUAUCGUCAAUCCUACGUCAAAUCAAAUUACACAUUGUACAUAUAACUGCAACCAAUGAUACCGUCGUUUGGUUUAAAUAAAUUGUUAAACACAUUUAA